CACAUAUGCGCCUGCUGCUCGCCCUGGCGGCCGCCGUCGCUGCGGAGCCGCUCUACGACUUCUCCUCAUCCGCGCUGGUGGAACUCACCGACGACAACUUUGAGACGCUGGUGGUUGGCGACGCCACAUCGCUUUGGGUCGUCGAGUUCUACGCAGACUGGUGCGGCCACUGCAAGCAGUUUGCUCCGGGCUUCGCCAAGGCGGCGGGCAACCUCAAAGGGAUCGUCAAGUUUGGAGCGGUCAACGCCGAGAAGGCGUCGAAGACCGCCUCGCUCUACGGCGUCAACGGCUACCCCACCGUCAAGGUGCUGAUGCCCGAGGUGACGCGGAACCCAUACACGGGCAAGCUCGGCAAGGUGGCCAAGGACUACGGCGGCCCGCGCACAGCGCGAGGCGUCGUCGACUACGCGACGUCCCUGCUGCCGUCGGAGCUGGUGGCCGCCGUAACCGACGGAGGCCUGGAGAGCUUCCUGUCCGAGGGCGCGCUGCCAAAGGCGCUCCUCCUCGGCUCCAAGCCCGCCGUCUCGCCUCUGCUCAAGUCGCUCGCUCUCGCGCUCAAAGGGCGGCUGCAGCUCGGGUACGCGCACGGCGAGGCGGCGCCGGAGACGGCGACAGCCCUAGGCGCGGACACGCUUCCCCGUUGCAGGAGGGAGUGGCUCCUACCCUUCAUCGGCACAUGCGCCCGAGUAGGCGUGGACGGCUUCCCGCGCCUUGCGGUGGUGCCUGCGGGCAAGGGUGCGGCCGAGUCGAUCUCGUACACGGGCGAGACGGGGGCGGGGGCAGGCUGA